AUGGCUUCUUCAAUGAUCUCCUCCCCAGCUGUUACCAUCGUUAACCGUGCCGGUGCCGGUGCCGGCAUGGUGGCUCCAUACACUGGCCUCAAGUCCUUGGCUGGCUUCCCAACCAGGAAGACCAACAAUGACAUCACUUCUGCUGGAAACAACGGUGGAAGAGUGCAAUGCAUGGAGGUGUGGCCAACAGUUGGCCUGAAGAAGUUCGAGACUCUUUCCUACCUGCCAGACCUCACUGAGCCCCAAUUGGCAAAGCAAGUAGAAUACCUUCUGAGGAAUGGAUGGAUUCCUUGCUUGGAAUUCGAGUUGGAGCACGGUUUCGUGUACCGUGAGAACAACAGGUCACCCGGAUACUAUGAUGGAAGGUACUGGACCAUGUGGAAGCUACCUAUGUUUGGGUGCACUGAUGCUACUCAGGUGUUGAAGGAGCUUCAAGAGGCCAAGACUAAACACCCCAAUGGUUUCAUCCGUAUCAUUGGAUUUGACAACUAUCGUCAAGUGCAGUGCAUCAGUUUCAUUGCCUACAAGCCACCAGGCUACUAA